ACAUAACACGGUUACGGGUCGCAUCGUUAAGAUAUACGGAAACUAAUAAAAUAAAAAUAAAAUUGUUUGUGUUUUGUUGUUAAAAUGUCACCUAAUACUAAGUCAGAAAAGCCUCAAAAUCCAAAUGAGUUUCUUCAGAUUCCCAAAUGGAUAAAUGAAGAUUAUUUUCGCCCCAUUGUUGAAAAAGAUGUAAGCAAUUUCGCGAGUAUAGUGAACUUUACACCUGUCGCUGCAACACAGCCAGGUGAAAACUACACUUCAAUAAUGGUGCGAGUUUAUGUCGAUGUAUUGUUGAAGGAUGGCAGUCAAGAACAAGUAUCUUAUAUACUAAAAACCAUGCUUGAGUCAAGUGUGGGAAGCGAAAUGGUCAAUGACAUGGGAUUAUUUCCCAAAGAGAAGAAAAUGUAUGAAGUGCAUAUACCUCAGUUCAUGAAAUUAUAUAAAGAGGCUGGUGUAGAUAACAUCGAAUUAGCUCCAAAAUGUGUCCACAUUGAGGAGACACCGGAGAGAACAACUCUGGUCCUGGAAGACUUGACGCGGCAGGGUUUCAAGAAUGUGGAUCGACUCAAAGGAUUCGAUAUGCCACAUAUACGUCGUGUCCUACACAAAUUGGCCGAAUUUCAUGCUGCUUCAGCUAGAAAUUUCGAAUUAAAUGGACCUUAUGAUGAAAUCUUUCUAUCUUCCAUAUAUACGGAAAAAAGUAAACCAAUUUUUAUUAACAUAGGAAAAAUGCGUACACCACAAUUUCAUGCGGCAAUACGAUCUUGGAAUAUACCUGAAGAGGAUGCGGAGAGGUAUAUAAAGCAAAUGUCGACAGAAGAAGCAGCGUUUGAAGGAGCCAUUAAAGUGGCAAAAGUGGAUGAAAAUGAGUUUAAUGUGUUAAAUCAUGGCGACAGUUGGUCCAACAAUUAUAUGUUCAACUACAAAGCAAACAGGGAAAUUAAUCGAUCUAUUUUCGUCGAUUUGCAAAUGUGCAAAUGGGGAAGUCCUGCCCAAGAUUUAUGGUAUAUGCUUGUUACGUCCGCCUCCCUCGAUAUUAAAGUCAAAGAGUUUGAUCGUUUUAUUCAAAUCUAUCACGAACGUUUGGUCGAAUGUCUAAAGGUUCUGAAAUAUGGCAAACAUAUACCAACACUAAAGGAACUGCAUAUAAUGAUGCUGAAAUAUGGAUAUUGGGGACCUCUAACAUCUUAUGGUGUAUUAGUUGCCACCAUAUUUCCAAGCGACAAGGAUGCCAAUAUAAAUAUGAUGCUUGCUCCUGGACCAGAGGGCGAUGCUAUGCGUCAAAAGACCUUUUCUAAUCCCUACUAUGCCAGGGCCAUGGAACAAUUGUUACCAUUCUUUGAGAGCAGAGGGCUCCUCAAACCUGAAUAGAUAUGCCAAUUUGUGUUAUUGUUGUUUGUAAUUGUGAUACUAUUAUCAUUAAAAG